AUGCACACAUUUCAAAGCGGGCGUCGAAAACUUGCUAAUUUUUUAGAAUAUGCAACUUUUGAACUUUCAUUCAUUUUCGGUUUAUUGCCAUUCAAACACGACAAUAGGACUGGAAAAUUUCGAUCAUCUAGAGCAGCGCUGAUUUACAGUUGCCUACUGAACUCAAUUAUUUUCUUUUGUUGUACAAAAUAUUUGCCCGAUAUAUCGAACGAUGAGUUGUUCAUACAAAAUUCACUGCUUAUCUUAAUAGACAAUACUAUGUCAUACAUCAAACACGGUGCGUGGGCUAUAAUAUUUUACAAAAUCUGGACCGGCAAACAUCUCUUGUUGCGGCUGUAUAGAGAAAUGGCGUCAAUAAAAAAGAUGUGCUUCAAAAUGGCGUUUAUCUGCAAUUUUGGCAGCAGCAGCAGCACUAAAGACAAACGGAUUAUAUGGAAAUUCAUUUUAAUGGUAUUGGAUAUAAUAUUCUUUCUCAUAACAAUGUUGACUUCUGACUUUAAGAAAGAUUAUCUUUACAUCUUUCUGAUAACUUGUGGUGUUGUGAUCUUAACUGAAAUCGAUUUGAUAAUGAAUCAAUUCUAUCACAACGUACUGUAUAUAAAUGAUGUUGUAACGGCCAUAAACAAUCAGCUACGUAGCCUGAGAACAAGCAAGCAUUUGGCAGCUAGUAAAAUUAAUGAACUAUUUUGUGUUUACAUACGUUUGAUGCGUCUGACGGCGAACUUAAUGGCUGCCUAUGAACAUCAGUUAUUUAUUAUUAUCUCAUGUAGACUUUUUAUUACUGUACAGAAAAUAUCCCAGAUUUGCCUGACGUUUGGCGGCAAAGAAUUGCAUUCCAAUACGAUGGGUGUUAUGUUUAUUCUACAUAUCGUAUUCUCAUUUUUGUUGAAACACUGGACUUUUAUGAACGCUUGCGAAUCGGUGCUUAGAUCUCAGCAGCAAACCGAAGCGGAGUUGCGAAAAUUUAAUAACUUAUGUAUUCUGAAUGCAGACCUAUCAAAGGAAUUAAAUACCUUCACAAUAUUUUGCGCUAUUCAUCGCUUUCGAUUUCCUCUGUGUGGAAUGGUCGAAAUAAAUUUCAUCACCGCACGAAAUUUGUGUACGCUGGUACUAACGGCAUUGCUCUGGUUGAUCCAAUUUCAGUUGGUCACGAACAAAGUUGGGCAUUAA